AUGGCGAUGCUCGUGGUAGCAACCACAGUCUUCUUGUAUUACACUCUAUGGACGCUGUUCAUGCCGUUCGUGGAUGACGACCAUCCCCUGCAGAGCCUCUUUCCUCCUCGCGUUUGGGCAAUUCGAAUUCCGGUGAUCCUCACCAUUCUCGCUUCAGCAGUCGUUGGGACAUUCCUCGCCAUGGUGAUGAUCCGGAGCAAUAGGAAGAAGGCAGCAAAGGCACGAGCUGCUGCUGCGAAGAAAACGAAAUAA